AAUAUCAGUUGACUUCCAGUUGCUCUCGUGCUCGAAUGGCUGUACAAUCGCUAGGCAUUCCCUUGCUCCUACUGGCCGUGCUGGCCGGCGGCGGCCAGUCUGCCAAUAUUCUGGGACUCUUCACCAGUUUGAGCCCAUCGCAUUUGGUCAUUCAAAUGUCCAUGGCCAAGAUCUUGGCCGAAAGCGAACACAAUGUCACUGUGGUGACUGCGCUAAAGCCGCCGCUUCUUCACCCAUCCAUCAAUCAUAUCCAAGUGCCACUCGAUGAGGCGGAUGGCAAGUCCUUUGGCGCCCUUGUGGCGGGCAUGGCCAAGCGGGACACUGGCAAUGCCGUAAUUUCCAUGCUCUUGGCCAUGGGCUCCAUGAAACCGCUCUUUGCUAAAAUGGAGGACGUCUUGCGGCACCAAAGGGUCAAGGAUCUCUACGAGCAUUCGGACAAUCACUUUGAUUUGGUAAUUUUGGGCUACUUUAUGAACAGCCUGCAGCUGUCGCUGGCCCACAAGUUAAAGGCGCCUCAAAUAGUGGCACUCUCCAAUCCACCCGCAAUGCUCGGCACUGUCCUGGGAAAUCCCAGUGAAAUUUCCUAUGUACCAGCCAUGAAUGUAGUCGUGGAAAAGGGUCAAACGAUGACCAUUUGCAAGCGUUUUGAGAACUUACUUGCGUUUGUGGGACACUGGAUAUUUACGCUAUUGAUUGAGCAAAAUAAUGACAACAUUUACAAAGACCUCUAUGGCGAUGAUCCCUCGAUGCCACGAUAUGAGGAUCUGCACAAAAAUAUUUCGCUGAUUUUCUUUGCUUCCCAUGGCAUCAGUGAGGGACCCAUUCGACCCAAUGUCCCUGGUGUGAUUGAGAUUGGUGGCAUACAGGUCAAGGAUAAACCGGAUCCUCUGCCCAAGGAUAUCGCAGACUUUCUAAAUGGCGCCACUGAGUCACAUGGCGCCAUUCUCCUCAGCCUCGGCUCCAAUGUGAAGGCGGCGCACAUCAAACCCGACACCGUGCAAAAGAUGUUCAAUGUCAUCUCGAAACUCAAGCAAAAAGUCAUCUGGAAGUGGGACGAUCUGGAGAAUACACCCGGGAUCUCGGAGAAUAUUCUCUACGCCAAGUGGCUGCCGCAGGACGACAUCCUGGCACAUCCCAAGAUCAAACUGUUCAUCACCCACGCGGGCAAGGGAGGCGUCACCGAGGCGCAAUAUCAUGGCAAACCCAUGCUAGCCCUUCCAGUGUUUGGUGAUCAACCGGGAAAUGCUGAUGCCAUGGUCAGUCAGGGCUUUGGACUGUCUCUCAAUCUCCUCGCUCUCGAGGAGCAGACUUUCCGCGAAGCUAUCCUCGGUAUUAUGGAGAAUCCCAAGUACAAUCAAGCGGUGAAAGCUUUUUCCUCGCUCUACCGCGAUCGUCCCCUGAGCGCACGUCAGACGCUGCUCUAUUGGGUGGACUAUGUCAUCCGUCAUCAUGGUGCCCCACAUCUGCAGAGUCCCGUCGUGCACAUGAGCUUCAUAGCUGCUCAUAAUUUGGAUAUUUAUGCGAUCCUUUUGGCUCUGCUUUAUAUUAGUUUUUGGAUAAGCAAACGCUUGCUUUCUGUAAUUUGGCGAAAGCUUUCAUCGAAGGGUGACACAAAAAAAAAGAGCAGUCAUUUAAAACACAAAAAUAAAAAGCUAAAGAAGCACAAAAAUCAAUAAAGUCACUCAGUUAAA